CCCGCCCCCGCACACACACAAAAGGUACACCUCUUUAAGCGUAAAGGUACAAUCAUAUAAAGCACACCUUCACUUAAAACCUCAAUAUCUUCAACAACAAUGGCUUCCACUUCAUGAUUCCAUUUGGGUAUUUUCCUUUAACUCCACCCCCCCUCCCCCCCCCCCCCCCACCCAAAGUUAAGGUACAACCUCUUCAAGUACAAAGGACAACCAUCUAAAUUACACUUUCCUUGUUCAAGAACCAUGGCUUUCACUUCAAGAUUCCACUUGUGUCUUCUCCUUUUCUUGAUACUAACCCCUUUUACCAUCUCUUUGGACCUCACACCAUCAGCACAACCACAACCAAAACCAAAACCAAAGAAACCAACACUAUAUGACAUUCUCCCAGAAUAUGGGCUGCCACCUGGCAUCUUUCCAGACAAUGUGGAAUCCUAUAAUCUUGAUAAAGAUGGAAACUUUGAAGUUUUAUUGAAAGCCCCUUGUUAUGUUAAGUUUGAAUAUUUGGUUUAUUAUGAUGAAAAGAUUAGUGGGAAGUUAGGUAUUGGUUCAAUUACUAAGUUAAAAGGGAUUGAAGUAAAAAGAUUCUUUUUUUGGUUUAAUGUUAAUGAAAUUAGAGUUGAUUUGCCACCACCUUCUGAUAGUGUUUACUUUCAGAUUGGUUUUGUUAAUAAGAAGCUUGAUAUGCAUCAGUUUCAGACUAUUCAUUCUUGUAUGAAGUCAUGUGGAGGAUCAUUAAGACAAGUUCUACAAAAGCAUCAAGCCCCGGUCAAUAUGCAAAUGCUUGUUACUGAGUAGAUGGGAAAUGAAUAUGCAACUCAAGAUGAAAGUAGCAGUGGCAAAAAUGUACUAUUACUUACUUCAUUUGCUGUGCACUGAAGGAAAACCAAGACUGGUCUUAUGUACUGGACAUUGCAUGUGUAUCGUUUAUAACACGAUCUUUGUAGAGUCAUUUUCUUCUAUUCAAAUUGUAAAGGACUACAUUCAUUUCUUUGAUGUUUGAUUACAUUAGUUAAUGUGUA